AUGAGUGAAUCCGGCGCCAAAUCCAGCCAGGCCCUGGCUGCCAAGGGCGAGAAGGACGUGGCGGAGAAAAGGGGCCGGGGGCGGCCCAGGAAGAAGCCGCAGGAGCCCAGCGAAGCCCCGACCCCCAAGAGACCCCGCGGGCGGCCAAAGGGCAGUAAAAACAAGGCCACCUCGAAAGGCAGGAAAGCCACAGUCACACCAGGGAGAAAACCUCGAGGCCGACCCAAAAAAUCG